UUCUAAUCGAGUUAAUUAAAGAUUGAUAAUCUAAUGUUUUGAUAUGAUUAUGAUUCAUAAUCUUAAGAUUGUGCAUUUUUCUUAACUCAAGCUAGCCACCUUUUGUUUCAGGUAUAAAUAACGAUAAUGAUGCUUUUGAUCAUCGUUUCGAUCCUUGUCUGCCUUGUAUGCUACAUUUACCGAACACUGAGGCCUCCACCAUCGCGAAUCUGCGGUACUCCUCGUGGUCCUCCGGUUACUGCUCGGAGAGUCAAGCUCAGUGAUGGACGACAUCUUGCUUAUAGAGAAUCUGGCGUUGAUAGAGACAACGCUAAGUACAAGAUCAUCGUCGUUCAUGGAUUUGGCAGCUCCAAACAUAUGGAUUUUCCUAUCUCUAAGGAUCUUGUUGAGGAGCAAGGUCUAUAUUUUGUGUUUUUCGAUAGAGCAGGAUAUGGACAAAGUGAUCCACACCCUUCACGCACAAUCAAAAGCGAAGCAUACGACAUUCAAGAACUUGCAGAUAAACUCAAUCUGGGACCAAAGUUCUACGUUAUAGGGGUAUCACUCGGUGCUUACUCCGUUUAUAGCUGCCUCAAAUACAUUCCUCACAGAUUAGCUGGAGCAGUCUUAGUGGUUCCAUUUGUGAGCUACUGGUGGACUAAAGUGCCUCAAAACAUGUUGAGUGAAGCGCUCAAGCUACUACCAGAAACGGACCAGUGGACCUUUAGAGUGGCUCAUUAUGUUCCUUGGCUCUUGUAUUGGUGGUUGACACAAAAGUUGUUUACUUCUUCGAGUGUAAUCUCUGGGAGCAAAGCCUUACGCAGCAACAAAGAUUUGGUCAUCAUAAAGAAGAAGCAAGAGAAUCCUAAUCCUCUCAUGAGAAAAGCCAGACAACAAGGAGACCAUGAAUGCCUUCACCGUGACAUGAUAGCUGGAUUUACGACAUGGGAGUUCGACCCAACUGAACUGGAAAAUCCGUUUGAGGAAGGUGUAGGAUCAGUCCACAUGUGGCAAGGGAUGGAAGAUAGAAUGAUUCCUCGUGAAAUUAAUCAAUAUAUAUCGAAGAGGCUUCCUUGGAUUAAGUACCAUGAAGUCCCUGGUUAUGGACAUCUUCUAAACGCUGAGGAGGAGAAAUGCGAAGACAUUAUAAAGGCUCUUCUUGUCUAGUGAUGAUUAAACAAAAAUGUCUUAACGUUCUAUGUUGAAGGUCUCGUUUAAGAUUUGUUUGCUAAAGAGAUUUAUUAUGCGAAAGAAAAAUUGCUAAUGUUAU